UUAAUCUAGAGAUUCGAAUCCCGUAAACUUUUUAUUCUCAUACUUUAUUUAUGCAAAAUGCCAUGUAAGCAAUGCCCUUAUAUCCUGCUGGAUGGCACUCUUAUCAAGCAGUCAAAUGUUGUUCGAAAUGUCUUCCGCAAAUGCUUCCUCCAAUCAGCCUAUUUUGGCACACACCCCCUGCAGGGAUUGUGUUUCUUUCGUUUUCUUUUCCCGGAAGGGACGAAUGCGAAAACAGAAGAGUUUUCAUUAUUCAUUAUUUUUAAGUUAUAUAUUGAUUCUUCAUUAGACAUGGAGUUUUUCGAGGUGAUAUGGACUCUAUUCCAUCUGUUGGACAGGAUCUAGGUCUGCUUAUGAGGAAAUCUUUUUCAGUCGAACAGACAGAAGGGAACUUCCAUGAGGAACGUGUCUCCGUCACGUCUGGUUGAGAAAUAUAAUUGCGUAAAAGUUACACGUGCGGAUGUUUUUUCAGCAAGAGCACAGAGAAAACAGUCCUCCAUCAACAAUGCAAGGCAAUGGAAGCCAGGUUAACGUUGCUCUCAGUGUGCAUCAUUCGCCCCAGAACCAGCUUUCCUCAAUCAGCCCUUGCUCAAAGGAAGACCUGUGGCAUCUACCUGGACAACUGCGAAUAAACCCGUCUCUUUGGGACAGGGAGGAUGUUGGCCACUGGCUCCAUUGGGCUCAGAGGGAGUAUUCACUGCGCCGGCCUGAAAAGGGACACUUUGAGAUGAACGGGCGAGCUCUGUGUCUGCUCACCAAGGAAGACUUCAGACGCCGCUGCCCCAGCUCAGGCGAUGUUCUGUAUGAGAUCCUACAGUGUGUAAAACAGCAAAGGAGGAGUGCUGGGUGUGACACCCCAAAUUUGUCUCCCUCCCUGGAAAACGGACCCAUGCAGGACCCACCCAGGUGCCGGAGUGUUCAAGAGCCUCCGUCUCCCACAGACAAUAACGUCCAAGCGCCGCCCCACAACCAAGUUCAGUGCAUUGGCCAAACGGAGCGCUUAAUCCAGGAGCCGCUUAACCUGUCCGGUCGAGAGAAGCCGAGGAGCCCACGCGACAAAGCCCACGGGCGCAUCCCAGAGUGUAGACUGCUGUGGGACUAUGUGUAUCAGCUUCUGUGCGAUGACCGUUACCAAGAAUACAUCCGAUGGGAAGACCGGGACAGCCUGGUGUUCAGGGUGGUUGACCCCAACGGACUGGCACGUCUCUGGGGAAACCACAAGAACCGAGACAACAUGACCUAUGAGAAAAUGUCCAGGGCCUUGCGGCACUACUACAAGCUCAACAUCAUCAAAAAGGAGCGAGGACAAAAACUCCUUUUCAGGUUUCUGAAACUCCCAAAGGACACCAGGAAACAGCGGGCUGAUGCUGCCCAGUCCCCAGAACACACUCCCCCUCAGGAUGGGGACUCUGCCAACAGCGGCACUACACAUGAGUUCAGCGAGGAACAUUUCGAGGUUUCCCCUGAUCAUGCUUCACCACAUCAUCCUUCGUAGAAAACAAAAUGGUCUUAUUAGAUCCCCCGAAUACAUUGUAGGAUACAACAACACGGAUGAUUACAUGAUUGAAUGCAGAUAUGUGUUCAGAAAAUGACCCAUGCACAUACAGGUUUAACAAAAUUCAAUGUUCAGUGUGUGUUUUGGGGGGGGCAAUAAUGCAUUUUGAUAUUGCUUUAAUUUAAUCACUUAUCAGAAGACACUACUGGACGAUUGAAAUUGUGAUAGAAAUCCCAUCAAUAUGUAAAUAGCCAAAUAAACUUAAUAACUUAACAUCAACACAAUCACAAAACCUAUACACAAAAUCAUAAACUGUAUCAGUCCUGCAGAAUGUAGUUUCAGUGAGUAGGAUGAAACAAGGUGGAGUUCUUUUUUGCAUUGAAAUGUAUUGUGUUGUCGGUUAUAAAUAGAGUGUGCAUUCUGGUAGCCUAUCAUUUCCAGUGUUUUCCAGCGUACGAUACAUGUGUUAGUAUUGCAUAUUCUGUAUUCCCUCAGGCCUGCACUAAAUCAUGUAAGACAAUCUUGAGACUUUAAAGAUAAAAGUUCCUCAUUAAUUUGUUUUUUAUUACAGCCUUUUUGAGUGAGAAUAACUUCCACUGUUCGGUCCAAACAGCUUAUUUUUUAGAUUUGUAUGAAGUGUUUUGGUGGUUUGAGUGAGUUCUCCAAUUGUUGUCCUUUUGAAAAAACAUGAAUGUGAAAUCCUACUUUUUCCUUUUAUUCUGUGCAAAAAAAUUAAAAAAAAUUAAAAGGG